CGGUGCUCACAGCUGACGUCCAUACUAUUAUUUAAUAUAGAGUAAAAUUCCCUUGGAAGUUUCGUUAUUAAGAAAAGUUCAAUUAAACGUAACAAAAAAACAUGGCAAAAAGUCCGGAAAGUAUUGCUGUAGACCAGCUGGACAAGGACCAGAUGAAAACGUUCUCCGACUUCCUGAUGUCCUACAACCGGCUAUCCGAAAUGUGUUUCACAGACUGCGUUCGCGACUUCACAUCCCGCGACGUGAAGGACACCGAGGAGAAAUGCUCGCUGAACUGCAUGGAAAAGUACCUCAAAAUGAAUCAGCGUGUUUCGCAGCGCUUCCAGGAAUUCCAAAUGAUUGCCAACGAGAAUGCCCUGGCCAUGGUUAAAAAGACGGGCAAAUAGAACUAGGAUUAUUUUAAACAAAAGGACACACACAACAUACACAAACACACACACAUAAAGCAGAAAACAUAGAAUUUAAUGCAUUUUUGAUGCAUUUGUGUAAACAAUAAAGAGAUGACAACUAAAGAACCAACAGCCAAGCGCCUUGAAUUGUUGUAAUAUUCGUUGAA